CUGGCAGUCUAACGUGGAAAGCUCAUGCUCUGCGAUUGCCAUUAUUCUAUCAAAUAUGCCCAUGUACGUGCGGAUUAUUUGCGUAAAAAAAGGAGGAAAGGGCGAAUGCCUGAAAUAAAGCUUGAAAUAGAGAGUUGAUCAUUUGCACAUCAAUAUCAAUUUCAUUCUAAACUUCAACAUUGUCACGUAGUUAUCGCCAAUACUACUACUUACCUUAGGUGCCUCUUUUGAAGUUGACGUGUCUAUACAACCUCUAACAAUGCCUUCGCCGAACCUCACUACCAUCCCCUUAGAAAUACUGCUCCUGAUCGUUUCACACCUCAAUAGACGAGACUUUACAACUACUCGCUUGGUAUGUAGACGACUUGAAGGCUCGCUCUUCCGAAAAUUCGCUCAAAAAUACUUCACUAUGAUCCGUUUCAUGUGUACCGAAUAUAGCCUACAGGCUCUUGUGGACAUCUCAGAAUCCCGCCUGUCGCCCUACCUAAAACACGUAGUUGUCGAGGCAGACCUCCAUUUCGAACACUUCGGUGGAGCUCGUGAAUACUCCAAUAUCAACGACGUGUCUACCGAGAUGCAUGUCAAGAUCAACAAGUUUACCCAACUGGCUGCCGACCAGUUAGCAUUUCUAAAUACUGGACGCCAUCAGCAAUUUCUUAUCAAGGCCUUUCGCAAUCUCAAACUUGAAAGAGUCGGGGUUUGUGAUUUACUUCACGACACCCGGUGCAAUUGCGCCAGCCAUAGGGCCAUCAGUUUAGGAACUUCCCAGGUCCAUAGGGAAACCGGCGCCCCGUCCCGUAUAUUUCAUGUAGGGCGCGCUAGCCGUUGGCAAUUCUUAUCUAGAAUCGCAAGCUGUGUGCAGUCUGUACUAUUUGCGCUAGGAGAAUCAAGAUCAAGGCCGAGACGACUUGAUAUUUGCGCAAUACUUGAUGGAUUGGAUGAUGAGCAAGCAUUUUGCAUCCCUGGCUUUGCGAAAGAUACUAUCUUGCCUAUAAUCUCUGGCCUAGAAACUAUCGAUUUUGGGCUCAACCCGGGUUGCCCCUUUCCACACGUGAUUUCACCAAAUGAUGGAGUGCCAGUUAUAAUCGACACGUAUUAUUUACGCACAUUCCUUUCACAUGCAACCCACCUCGAAGCCUUGCAUCUCAGAGAAAUGGCGCGUGAUGAAGCUUUCUUCGACUGGUUAGGGGCUUCGAUUUCAUGUAAUGAUUAUGAAGGACCACCUGAGCUCAAACCGCCAAAUACUCCUGCACUCACGAAAGUCCAUGAGUGCAAGCUUAAGAAAUGCACACUUCCUCUGCAGAGCCUCGUUCUUAUUAUUCGAAAGUGCUCUAGCCUCCGAAGAUUGACCCUUACCAAUAUAAUUUUCCUCGAUCAUAAUUUCGAUACGUUCUGUCGACUAUUUAGAGAACUAUUCCGAUCCAGCACACAUCUUGAGUCUAUCCACCUAACUAAUAUUUAUAUUGACGGUGACGGGGUUGCGGUAAGCUUUGGAAAAAGCUAUGAUCACAGGGUCAGGUCAUUCUCUUACCGAGGACCGAACAUGAAGGCGGAGCUUGAGGCACUGCAGUUGUACAUAGACCCGGAGAUACUAGACUUCGAUAUGGAUGACGACAUGGAUACGGAAGAAGAAGAAGACAUGUAUGCGGAAGAAGAAUACAUGUAUGCGGAAGAAGGAGACACGGAUACGGGAGAAGAAGAGAUGGACGGAUAGUCUGAGUGACGAUCUUUCUAGCGAGGACGUUCUCUAAUUAUAUCUAUUAUUCAACGACAGGUGUCAUCUCUCCGGCGGCUGGUGGGGGUUUCGUAUUGCAUCUGUAAUCUGUGUCGGCGUUUGGAGGAUUCGGGCAAGGUCAUGAGAGUUUAAGUCAUGAGAGUUUAGCUGAGAGUAUUAAGGCAGUGGAAAUGAACUGACGAACAUUUGCUCCUUAACUACAUGUAUCGGUAGAAUAGGUAUGUACCUAUAGGUAUUAACCCUGGUGGCUAGCUUACAUGCAAGAAUAUGAAAUACGUCUUCGAUCA